CUCUGCACUCUGCAGCUGUGGUCACAUUUCACAAUGGUAGACCUUGCUCCUUGCUUAAGGGGUUGAAGCCUUGAAGGCAAGGCUUUGUGCCUUUGUCCCACUUUGACUACGGUAAAGGUACAAUGAGAAUCACAAGAAGGUGUGCGCGCGCAAACCUAUUCAGUUUGUUUCCCCCUGUUCCAUCCCGCAGGCUCUACCAUCUUCCUCCUUCACCCGUUGUUAAUGUCGAUGAUGCUGUUGCCUCUUUCACCACCCUUCUCAACAACCCCAAUCCACCUUCUCAACUCGAAUUCAGUAAGAUUCUUUCUUCUCUGGUUAAGAUCAAACAAUGCCCCACUGCUGUUUCCCUUUUUUGGCAAAUGGAAAAUAGGGGAAUCAUUCCUAGCCUUAUUGCACUCAAUAUAUUGUUGAAUUGUUUCUGUCAUUUGGGUCAUAUGGACUUCGCUUUUUCUGUUUUGGGUAAGAUUAUCAAGAUUGGUUAUGAAUUUGAUGUUAUAACUCUAACAACACUCAUUAAAGGGUUCUGUAUAAACGGCAAGGUUAAGGAAGCAUUAGCGUUUCAUGAUAGGGUAAGAGCGCUAGGGUUUCAGCUCAACGAGGUCAGUUAUAACACUUUGACCAAUGGGCUUUGUAAAAUAGGGCACACAGGAGCUGCUGUUAAGUUGCUAGAAAAAUUGGAGACACAGCCGGUAAAACCUAAUGUAGUACUGUACAAUACUGUCAUCGAUGCGCUGUGUAAAGAUGGGCUUGUAAUCGAGGCGAGUAAGUUGUUUUCUAAGAUGAUUUCAAGGGGGAUUUCUCCUGAUGUCAUCACUUAUAGUUCCCUAAUUCUUGGUUUUUGCAUCAUAAGUCGAUUAGAUGAAGCUGCUCAAUUGCUUAAUGAAAUGGGGAAAAAGGGCAUCGAGCCCGAUGUAUAUACCUUUAGUAUAUUGAUAGAUGCAUUGUGUAAGGAAGGGCGAAUCGGCGAAGCACAAAGUGUGUUGGAUAGGAUGUCAUCAGGAGGCCAUAAGCUGAAUGUUGUCCCUUACAAUGCUCUAAUGAAUGGAUACGUCAUAAGAAAUGAAGUCAAUAAGGCAGCUGAGUUAUUUGAUGAUAUGAUGAAAAGUGGUUUGGUUCCUAAUGUUAGGAGUUACAACACUAUGAUCAAUGGAUAUUGUAAGAAUAAGAGAGUGGAUAAAGCCAUAGAACUCUUUAAACAAAUGCGUCACAAAAAUUUGGUUCCUGAUAUUGUAACAUACAAUUCUCUUAUUGAUGGCAUGUGUAAAUCACGAAGAAUUUCCUGUGCACUGGGUCUUCUUGCUGAGAUGCAUGAUAAUGGUCAGUCUCCUAGUUUAAUAACUUUCAAUAUCGUGAUAGAUGGUUUGUGCAAAGUCCAACGUGUUGAUGAGGCAAUUGCGUUAUUCCGACAGAUUCUUGACAAAGGGAUUAGUCCGGACGUGGACACGUACAAUACUCUUCUUGAUGGGUUGUGCAAAUGUGGAAGAUUAAACAAUGCAAAAGAGUUUUUUCAACAUCUUUUGACCAACAACUAUUGUCUAGAAGUUAGGACUUAUAAUAUUAUGAUCAACGGACUUUGUAAAGAGGGGUUAUUUGAUGAAGCAAUAACCUUGCUCUCAAAAAUGGAAAGCAAUGGUUACCUGCCUGAUUGUGUAAGUUAUGAAACAAUUGUUUAUGCUCUUUUUGACAAAAAUGAUAAUGAAAGAGCAGAGAAAUUUCUUCGUGAAAUGAUAAGUAGAGGUUUGCUAAAGAUAGAGAAGGAUUGCAAGACUACGAUUCCAGUGGAAGUGGAUCGGAUCCUUAGAACAUCCAAAGGAAUCCAAUGACGUUGACAGUUCUCAUAUUUUCAUUAUCUCAGAUGGAUAUUCGAAAGAUAUGUGAAAAAUAUCUUUGAUCAUAAGGUUAUCAGCUUUAACAUAUGAAGGUCGGUAUUUGGUUGAAGAAAUUGGCUUGCAUAGAAACAUUAUUUCUGGCCACUGCUCUUUUUUAGCUAACCAGGCAUUAACCUGCUGGUAUCCUCUAGCCAGAAGUUAACGCCUAAUUCCUGAACCCGUCUGUGUUCACCUUUUAGGAGGUAGGGGGGCUGCUCAUCAAACCCUGUUGCAUAAAUGCCACUCCUAAAGAUCGAACCAGGAGAUGACAGUUAAGCAAUUCAAGAAAUUACUACUUUUGCUAGGUAUUGUGAUUCUUUUUGCUGGUCACUGCUCACGUGCCGUUGUUAGUAUUUUGUGCUCUCUUUGGAGAGACAGAUUCAAGGGAAUUCUGCACCUUCACUGUAAUAAUGCCUGACGCGAAACUUUUGUUGUUCUUAAUAGGAAUAAGUAAUUGAUUUAUUAAGCAAUACGAAGGGUUUUUGGGUUUUGUAAGCCGUAUCAAAAUGUUGGUUAAGCUGCUCUAGGAUCUUGAGUAGAAUACUUGCGAACUGGAGGAAUGCUGGAUUCGCAGCUGAUCUUACCGGAAACUUUGUCUUCCUUUUUUUCAGGUACUACAUCAGAGAUAUCGAAGUACCGGCAUUGUUGGAUCGUUUCUUAGAUUAUGAAACUGCUUUUUGUUUUAUGCUUGACGGCAAAGCAUUAAUGUAAUCAAGUAUUUUGGAGAUUCUGAUGUUAUCUUAAGCAUCCUAGGCUUGUGGUAGCUUUAACAAUGUAACCAACAAAGUUCAUGAGAAGGGAAGUUGAUGGU